UCAUCGUAGGGGAAAUUAAAAAUUUUUGCACAUCUCCCGAAUGAUCGAGUGUUGUGUUGCGUGUACUGAAAAUAAGGAGCUAAAUAACUCAAGGACUAUUAAAACAAUUUCAUUUGUGUUUUUUAAUUUGUUAAUCUUUUCAUGUGUUUAGUUGAGAACUAAUCUAAAGGGGCUAUGAGUACUCUUGGAGAAAUUUGUCUCUUUCACAGAACAUCCAAGGCAAGGCUAUGAAUAGGAACAAGCGGCUAAAAAACACUCACAACUGUUGUUUGUUCCAUUCAUCUGUGUUUAGAGUGAAGAAUCAAUUGCAGAAAGUGUGCGAAAUAGUACACUUUGUACCUACCGGCAAUUGAAAUCCAAUGCUUUGAAAUUCGUCUCUAUUCAGAAUACGCAAGUCACGUAAGCACGUGAACAAAAAUCUGUUUUUUGACUAUCGACUUAAAGUGAUUUUGACGAGCCCAGGUCAUCGUGGGAAAUAAACGUCGCAUUGUACGACAAUGUAUUGAGAAUACCAAGUCAUGGUGCAACUCAAAACUCGGCCGGUAUAUGACCGCAAGUUUUACGCUCACUGCAGCAUUUGAUGAGAACUCCGUGCGGAUGACACCCGCUCAACGCGACCAUGCUACCAAAAUUAAACAUUUAGUCGAAGCUAUCAAAUAUCGCAUACAUCUAUAAUACUUAGGAGUACUUUUCGAAAGCAUCUUCAUCCAAUUGACGAAAGGGGAGGUCCCCAAAUCCCCAUACGAAGCCUCGCAAGGAGGGGGAGGUCUCUCCGAUGGCGGGGAUUCUGAAUGCUGUAGUCGUCGUAGUCUUCGUGAAUCUGGUGACGCGCGUCAGAACGGAGCAAUGCGGGUUGUCUUAUUUCAACACACACCGAGAACCUCGCCGAGGGCUCGACAAACACCGCGUCUUCCUGGAAACAAACUCCCAGCCACACAGUCAGGCAGAUGACUGGCUCUCAAAAGGCACUAAUAUUGAGUUAAGAAACCUUUUAUCUGCAAGGGCAUUCUUCACUGACGAGGAAACACAUCAAAGUGAAAAUUACAAUAGCCAGGAAGAUAGUAAGGAAGAAAUAGACGUGAAAAAUUCUACCGCGCGGAUGAGGAAGAGGAUGAGGACGAAUAAUAGGAUGAUGAUCUUCCAAGACAAGUCCCGAGGGCGGAUCAUUGGGGGAAAAGAAAGUAAACAGGGCGCGUGGCCGUGGCAGGUCUCGGUACAAUUACUUCACCCCCGAUGGGGCAGAGUGGGGCAUUGGUGUGGUGGUGUGCUCAUUGCCCCGCGGUGGGUGGUCACUGCUGCACACUGCAUCAAAAACAAAGCUUUCAAUCUUCCAUACGCUCCCCUAUGGUCCGUGCGCCUCUCGAUAUUCGCUGAUAAUAUUGGCGAGAGAGAAGAAACUUCAACUUUCGAUACCAUUAACAAAAAUUCUACGUACAAACCUGCGAACUUUGAUACCUUUGCUAACGGUAACGACGAUUCAACUUCUCGAGUGGCUGCGAGUCAGGUUAUUUCAAAAGACAACAAAGAGGAUUUUGUUGACGACUUCGAUGAAAAUUCUAAGAUUCACAGUACUUCUCACCUUAAUAGUGAUACUUUUAUAUCGAAUAAAACUAUUGAUUCAAGUCGAAAGCAAGUCAAGUCUCUGGCAACACCAGUGAUGACAAACGAUACUUCAGGACCAAAAAACGAAAUGAAGGCUUCAAGAUUUAAUUCAACUGCGGGAGACUUGACGCAGACGAAAAAAAUCAGUCAAAUAGGGGGAUUUAUAAACGAUAUUCCCUUUGAUCGCCAAUCACAAACUGAUUUUAGAAUUCAAGAAAUCGACGUCAAGAUAGAAAAAAUAUUUAUCCAUGAAAGAUUCCGCAAUUUCAAGCACGACAUCGCGCUCCUGAAGCUAAAAGCCAUACCCACGUCACUGUUCAAAUCAAUCCCGAUCUGCUUGCUGGACGAUCCUUUGCUGCAUAAAUACAACUUUGAAGGAGACCCUUGCACGGCAACUGGUUUUGGUAGCAUUGAAAAUGACGGUACCUUGCAAGUGGACCUCCAGGAGGCAAGUAUGCCUGUUCUGGAUCCCAAGGUCUGCACCGAAGCCUACAAUGUUUCACAUCUCAGUGAAGUCAAAAUCAGCGACGGUCAUUUGUGCGCCGGCUCUCUCGCCGGAACUUCUGGUACCUGCAUUGGCGACUCAGGCGGUCCCCUACAGUGCAACAUGAAGGACGGGCGCUGGUAUCUGGCGGGUGUGACGUCAUUCGGGUCCGGCUGCGCGAAGCCUGGCUUCCCUGAUGUCUUCACGCGCAUCACUUAUUAUCUUCCGUGGAUUAAACAAAAAAUGAGGGCUUUUUGAUAUAUUGUACAAUAUUAAUGCAAU